AUGUUGAAUGCGAGUUAUCCUAACAACAUUAGUGAUUCCUGUUCAAUUUCCGCAGAAGAUACUAAACUUCUAUUGAUUUCCGGCAUACCUAAGUUUUACCACGCUUCUAAUUUAAGGAAUUUUUUCUCACAAUUCGUUGAGUCAUCUAAAUUUUCAUGUUUUCACUAUCGUCACAGACCAGAUAUCGUGGGUAUAGAACCAACUACUGAAAUAGAUGGAACCAAGUUCCUUAAGUCCAUCAAACUAGUUGCCAAAAGCAAAACAACGUGCUGUGCUAUUUUCUCUAUCUACGGAAAAUAUAUCAAAGAGCUUUUUCGUUUAUACAGUGGUCUUAAUUGGCCUAAUGAGAAUGACGAUGUGCCUUUAGAAUUGAAAUGUACCUUACAUUUAUUAGAUCAUGCAACUGUGGAACAAUUUAGCUGUUUACCUGAGUUCAGACCACUAUCAUGGAUGCCUCGUGGGAACGUCGGGACACCUACUCAGUACUUCUUCAGUCUGAUCAAAGAGUGUAAACUGGAGAGUUCAAUCAUUUCCAAGCUUAAUUUAGACUUCUCUACUCAAGCUAAGAGCCGCAAAUAUGGCGCAGUUCCUUUCAUUUAUGAAAGUUUAAGUACAGGAGAUGAAAGGCUUCAAUUUUCGGAAUCAAAUAAUGCUGACUUUGAAUGUGGUGUCGUCUGUAAUUCUUAUAUUCCUAAUAAGCGUCGUGCACCCUCCAGUAAUGUUUUAGAAUUAGUUUCAGACCCAGUUAGUUUUGAGGAUGAGGAUGAUAUACCAGAAGAAUGGGAUCGUUUCGAAGCAUUACAUGACGACCCGUACAAUUUAGACAGAGGGAACAAGGCACAGUUAAAGUAUGAAAGUAAAAUUGAACUUGUUUGGGAAAAGGGUGGAUCUGGCCUAGUUUUCCACACUGAUCAACGUACUUGGGAGAAGUUAGACCCACUAAGAAAAGAAGAAAUUUUUGACGAACCCUCAUCUUUCGAUUGGGAUAUAGACAUGCAGCCAUAUGAAACACCAACUGGCAUUGGUACGGGUCCGUGUCCAAAUGGAUUUCAGGGUGGAGAUAGAGAUACAGCUGAACUUAUUGAUAUAAAUCGAGAAAGGGAAUCUAUUCGUGUUCAAGACCUUGCACAUAAUCCGUAUGCCCUUUUUACCAGCGAAGUAAUUACCAAAGGUUAUGGUGGGCAACUAUUAAAACGGAUGGGUUGGAUUCCAGGUACUGGACUCGGAGCUAAAAGAGGUCAUCCUAAAGUUUCUUCGGGGAUAAAAGUUCCUAUAACUUGUGAAGGUAGUCUUCCACCCAGAGUUCGGAAGGGUCUUGGUUACUACGGGGAGCGAAUCUCACGCAGUUCUAACAAGCAGUUAUUCAGUGGGGGAUCAAACUCCUGUAAAAUAGGACACGCAACAAAAUCUGUAUAUAUCCGAUCUGUGUUUGAUUCUCCGCAGACUGUUGCUCAUCGUAGUGGGCUUGGUUUUUCUCCCAGUAUUUUGAGACGUAAUGAUCCUGGGAUGGUCGUAAAAUGGUUAAAUGAUAGAGAAGAAUCAUUGGAUCAUCCGUUAUCCUCUAAACCUUUAUAUGAGAGACUUCCGAUUAAAAACCGUACCAUUAUUUUGAACGCUUACAGUAAUCUAUCUAAAGAGGGUAUUUCUUUUGUAUCUGGUGGUUACUUAAAUCCAUCAUAA